AUGGGUGAAAAUGAAAAUAAGAGGGAUUUGGCUCCUUCUAACUCUAUUCGGCGGCUUAAGAAACGGGCUAGGUUUGAUAAGUCUCCGCAGAUUGAAGCACCGAUUGCUACUUCUGAGAUUCGGUUUUGUGGGGGUUAUGGUAGCCACUAUCCGAGUGAGUGUUUAAGGAGACUGGGAACUUGUCUACGAUGCAAGUCUAUGGAGCACAGCAUUAGGGAUUUCCCGCUCUAUUCUAAUCAGCCACCUAGUGGUCGUGGUCCGACAAAAAGUGGUAAUGGUAAAGGUAGAGGUCAGAGGUUACCAAGCAGAAGUGUUAAUCAGACUGAGGCUAAGCAGCCUUUUUUAGUAUAUGCGGCGAGGCACCGUGAGGAUAGGGGCGCCGCUAACGUUAUAAACGGUGCAUUUUAUAUUAAUUUUGUUCCAUAUUUUUCACUGAUAGAUAUUGACUCAAAUCACUCAUAUACAGCGAGUACUAAUUCUGUAAAUCUGGCAAUUCCAAUUGAGAGUACUUCCGGUGAGGUUUCUGUAAUUAGUCCAUUGGUUCAGACGGCACAUGUUAAUAAGAUUUAUAGAAGGUGUCCGCUGGAGAUACAAGGUGUUGUGUUUCCAACUAAUUUGAUGGAGUUACCAUUCGGGGAGUUUUAUUUGAUAUUGAGAAUGAACUGGCUCAUUCAGCAUUGA